AGAGCGCGGCGGAGUGGAACCUGGUCCUAUGACUCAUGCCCGGAAGAAACAACUUUUCCUUCUAAAACAUCCAGCUGGUUCUGCUGGCCAAGCUUUGUCACCAGUAGACGGUGAAAGAAUGGAUAGGACUGAGGCAGGGUGCAGUGAGCAAGGAGACACCACUGAUAUUCAAAACUGCCAGAGUGGGUUUAUGGGUGUGAACAAAAGCAGGAAUUUGCAGGAGAUCAGAAAGACGUACCCAUUAAGGAAACGUCUGAUCACUCCUGUGGACAAAAAAACGUGCAAAGUGCUUCUCACCAGACUAGAGGACGUGGCUGGAUCAUUGUCAAAAGAGACCCAGAGUGGCACAAAAAGAGACCUCUCCAGUUGGAUGGAUGACUUCAGACCUCCCUGUUUCCCAGAACAAGUUCAGACUCUGGGAGCAGGGAAGAGUGAUCCACCUGGGGAAGAGAGCACAAUAACUUGUCCUGGAACAGAACAGGAACCCAGUACUGCUCCUUUGGAGCCCAGGAAACGAAGACUAGCGUCUCUGAAUGCAGAGGCAGUGAAUAACCUGCUGUUUGAACGGGAUGAUGGCUUAUUAUCUGGCAGGCGUUUUCGGAAAGACUCUGUCAAAGCCAGUGGAGAUUGCAGCACUAAGGGCUUGCACUGCAAAGCUAGUGGCAACUGGCCCUCAUUGGGAAAGCCAGCUGUAAAAACAGCUAAGGGAAAGAGUCAGAGUGGAUCCAGUCAGAAAUGCAAUAGCUCUGACCAUUCAUUGGAUGACGUCUUUGAAGAUGGAACAAAGAGGGAGGAUAGUGGAAUUCCCUAUCAUCCCACCCCAAAGAGAUUGGCCAGUCUCAAUGCUGUGGCAUUUUUGAAACUAACCCAUGAAAAAGACCAACCUCUGAAGCCGAGGAGUAAAUCAGAUGGAGAGGGCAAGUCUGAGAACCACUGUUCCAAAUCGAGGCUCAAGUGGGCCAAAGCCAAUAGGAAGAAUUGUGUCAAAUCCAAAAAGGAAAUGUCCAAUGUAAAAAUGGAGGGUCCACAUGGCUGGCAAGGAUUUCCUGCAAGUGCUUUUAGGAAAGCAGACCAUCAGGACUCCCCUAGUCUCCAUGGAAAAAUUGAAUCCCUGAAUUAUGAACCAUUAUCUAAUUCCUAUGAUAGCACAGAGGGUUUUUAUCACAGACUGCCUUUGCUUAUGGGUGGACAAGCUUCCAUGAAGCCUGAGUAUGGGAGACCUGGGGAGAAAUCUCCUACUCCCAAACAGGAAUUUCAUCAGCCUUCCUUCCCCGUGCAGCAGUUCCAUCCCUUGCCUGUGCCAGGAAAUCACACGGAUUGUGAAUGUCUCUGUGAAUCUUCAGAUUUGACUCCAUUGAACGGGUUUUACGUUUAUUAUGGCCAAAGUGGAUACAGUGGCUACUCUCACUGCUCGGUUUACCCUAAGGAUGAGCUUUCGCAGUCUACGUGUGAGGGGCUCUUGGUAUCUCCAACUUCCUUACCAUCAGGUACUCCUUUCCAGCCGCUUCACUGGUGUAACUCUCCAUACUGUUGUGCAGAAGGAACAGCUGUUAACAGUUACAGCCUUUGUGGAGUUAUGCAUGUGCCGGAGAGCAGGAUUAGCAGUGUGCAUACAGGACGGAACAGCUACCCCUACAAAAUGCCUUUUGCAGCAGAAAGUUGCAAAUCUCUGGACCAGCUGAGCCUCACAAUCCCUGUGGCAGGGCACCCCGCAUCACCUGCCCACCCACUCUCAGGAUGCCCUGUGCCCAGUGUGCCACCAGCUGCAGAACCAGUUCCUCACUUGCAGACUCCCAACUCGGAACCCCAGACCAUGGCCCGAGAGUGUCCACAGAGCUCUAAGCCCCCCAGUGGCUCCAAAUCUGGUCUUCGAAAUACUACGGGCUGUUUACAUGCCUGUGAUAGCAAAGCAGCAGGAGGUCACUCUCAUCCAAAGCAGCAGCGCAUCAGCAGGAGGAGAGCAACCAAUGGCUGGAUACCCGUGGGUGCAGCCUGUGAAAAGGCCGUGUAUGUUGUGAAUGAGCCAGAGCCAGCUGUUCGUAAGAGCUACCAGGCUGUGGAGAGAGAUGGGGAAAUUAUCCGGGUACGAGAUACAGUCCUUUUGAAAUCAGGACCGCGAAAGAAAUCUAUGCCUUAUGUGGCAAAGAUAUCGGCACUGUGGGAAGACCCGAAAACAGGGGAGCUAAUGAUGAGUCUCCUGUGGUAUUACAGACCAGAGCACACUCAGGGAGGUCGCAAUCCCAGCAUGCAUCAGAAUGAGAUCUUUGCAUCCCGACAUCAGGAUGAAAACAGUAUUGCCUGCAUUGAGGAAAAGUGCUAUGUUCUGACCUUUGCAGAGUACUGCAGAUUCUGUGCCUUGGCAAAGCGUCGUGUCGAGGGGAUCCCAGGCAGGAAAACAAUGAUGGUUCCUCCGUCAGAAGAGUAUUCCACACCUCCACAUCGCAAGGUGCCAGAGGACACUGAUCCUGAUCUGGUUUUUCUCUGCCGCCAUGUCUAUGAUUUUCGACAUGGGCGCAUCUUGAAGAAUCCGCAGUAG